CAGAAAUCUCCACCGCACAAUUCCGACUACUCUCCGUCCCCCUCUUGCAUACCUUCUUCCCUUGUCAUCUUCCCUUGCAUUCUCCCUCCCUCCCUCCCUCCACCUGAGAGAACUACAAACACCCCAUCAUCAACUCCUAAUUCCCACCGCAAAACUGCGUACUCCGAGCCACCGGUUCACAGAUGGCGGCGACGCUGACGGCAGCCUCCGCUCGCACCACCACCAUCAUCAGCCCAACUCCAUUCCUCGGCCAAAGCCGGGCCUCGGCCGCCAACCCUCUGAGAGAUGUCGUCUCUAUGGGCAGUGGAAAGUUCACCAUGGGGAAUGAACUUUGGUACGGGCCGGACCGCCUCAAGUACUUGGGACCCUUCUCAGCUCAAACACCCUCAUACCUCACCGGAGAAUUCCCCGGGGACUAUGGAUGGGACACCGCUGGGCUGUCUGCCGACCCCGAAGCCUUCGCAAGGAACCGAGCCCUGGAGGUGAUCCAUGGCCGGUGGGCGAUGCUGGGGGCGCUCGGCUGCAUCACCCCCGAAGUGCUCGAGAAAUGGGUGAAGGUGGACUUCAAGGAGCCGGUGUGGUUCAAAGCUGGAGCUCAGAUCUUCACCGAAGGAGGGCUCGACUACCUCGGCAAUCCAAACCUGGUCCAUGCACAGAGCAUUCUGGCGGUGCUGGCGUUCCAAGUAGUCCUCAUGGGCCUCGUCGAGGGCUACCGCAUCAAUGGCCUCCCCGGAGUCGGCGAGGGGAAUGACCUCUACCCGGGCGGCACCUACUUCGACCCACUCGGCCUCGCCGACGACCCUGUCACAUUUGCUGAGCUCAAGGUCAAGGAGAUCAAGAACGGGAGGCUGGCAAUGUUCUCCAUGUUUGGAUUCUUCGUUCAAGCAAUCGUCACCGGGAAGGGCCCGCUCGAGAACCUCUUGGACCAUCUUGACAACCCUGUUGCCAACAAUGCUUGGGUCUACGCCACCAAGUUUGUGCCUGGAUCUUAAAAAAAAAACUCCAAUUUGGGAAACUGCUGGAGACUCUAUCAAUCUGAAUCAAAAAGUUGAUGGCAAUGUAUGAUGAUUCAUAUGAUUUGUGAUGAGUUCUCGUUCUUAUGCUUGUUGAUGCCUUGAAUAGUUUGAGCCACCUUUCUAUG